GAUUUUGAUGGCUUCGCUUCCGAGAGAGAUCGGCGGCUAGGGACGGACACGCAGGUAAAGAGCGUGAAGCGGGCAGCAAUUGCAGAGCCCGAGAUCCACGGGGACGCCGACGCAGCGUGGAAGAAAUGAAUGCGCGGUAGGGCGGGCGCGUCAUGCUUCACAGCACAAGCACCAUGACAGAUUUGUGGACGGGAGAAAAAAAUGCCAUUGGUGACGUCGGGUUUCUUCCGUCCUGCUACGCACGCGCCACACUUCCACCCUGUGCCAAACUCCUCGAUUUCGUAAUGCGCCGUGCUGGUGACGGGAUGAUUGCACCAAUGAAGUUAAGGGCGGUUGCGGCCGCUCUGCGCCACCAAUCUGAUCUUCCUGGUUCGCCACAUCGUAAGCCCCAAAGUGGUCACUUUGGGUGGAGAGGAGGCUUUUUGCCUUUCGAAACGCGUGGGUGUCACAGCAAAACGGCGCGAGAGCCUUGGGGUGGCGUCCAAGGUCAAGGAGCUGAGGCAGGGAUAAUGCGUGCGGGCAAUGGAAUUGCGCACAAGACCUGGAGCUCUCUUCACGCGCAUAUGUAUGUAUCGAGACUUCGGUCAAUGUGUCGGUCAUGGAUCAAGCCACGCAACGGGCAAGUCUUUCGCGAGCAGUCGCAUACGUCAGGGUUGCGGGGACGACGAGGGAUUGGCACGAGUGUAAAUGAGAUCGUCGGCGAAAGGGGCCAGGGCAGAGGCACGCCUUCCAAUCAGGUCAUGACGGUGUCUGCCAAGUAAAAUGCCAGGCGGUGCGGUGCUUGGGGCUAGAGCGUCUGAAUCGAGACCAAGUGUGGCGGAGAGGGCGAAUCGCGGUC